AUGCUGGCCAGUGUAUACACAGAUGAUGAGAGAGGCAUUGCCAUGGGCAUCGCACUGGGAGGACUGGCUAUGGGAGUGCUGAUCGGAGCUCCAUUUGGCAGUGUGAUGUACGAGUUCGUGGGGAAGAGCCCCUUUCUGAUUCUGGCCUUCCUGGCUGUGUUUGAUGGAAUAUUACAGCUGUUCAUCCUGCAGCCUUCAAAGAUCUCUCCAGGGAGUGUGGAGGGGACUCCGCUACUGACGCUGUUAAAAGAUCCGUACAUCCUCAUCAGUGCAGGUUCUCUGUGUUUCGCAAACAUGGGCGUCGCCAUCCUGGAGCCGACUCUGCCCAUCUGGAUGAUGCAGACCAUGUGUUCCCCAAAAUGGCAACUUGGUAUGGCCUUCCUACCUGCCAGCAUCUCCUACCUGAUAGGAACAAACCUGUUUGGUGUUUUGGCCAACAAGAUGGGACGGUGGCUCUGCUCAAUGUUGGGGAUGUUUAUCGUUGGCAUCAGUCUGCUGUGUGUCCCUUUUGCCACCAGUAUCUACGGACUGAUUGGACCAAACGGAGGUCUGGGCUUCGCUAUAGGUAUGGUCGACUCUUCCAUGAUGGCCAUCAUGGGCUACCUGGUGGACAUCCGCCAUGCGUCUGUUUACGGCAGUGUCUACGCUAUCGCUGACGUGGCGCUGUGUAUGGGAUUCGCUAUCGGGCCAUCCACAGGGGGAGCUCUGGUCCAGGCGGUAGGUUUUCCCUGUCUCAUGGUGUUUAUCGGGGUGAUCAACAUCCUGUACGCUCCGCUCUGCUUCCUGUUACGUAACCCGGCCGUAAGUGAGGAGAAAAUGGCCAUCAUUGAUCAGGAGUGUGUGAUGCACAGGAAAAGCUACAACACUCAGAAGGAGAGUCGUGAGUUUCCUCUGAGCGACUACAGCGAAGAAGAGGAGACGGAGGAGUGACACACACACACACACACACACACACACACACACACACACACACACACACACACACACACACACACACACACACACAUGCACACACGCACGCUGCUGAAGAUGUUAUGUUGUGAUGUUUUCUCCAAACAUGUUUUACCAUCACCCUCAGACAUCCUGUCGUCACGGUCAGAUCAGAACAGAUGCUUCUCAACAUGUAGUGUCAACACAAACACGUUCACUGGAAACGCUGAACACGUCUUCAGAGUCCACAACGUUUCGACUUUGAUUCUCUAACCACUCUCAAAUGUCACACUUUAAACCGACUGGAUGUAGCGCUGCAAACUACUUCUGCUUUAUCAACUGGUGGAGGGCUUUAUGUCGGCUUUAAAACCAGUAGUGUGUUUUAUUAAAGUCCACUUAAGAACGCCAGCUUCUCCGUCUUUGUUUCAACGACUUGUGAUGUUGAAAUCAGCAGUUUGACAAACAGAAUAAUUCAGGGAACCAUCAGUCGGAUUCAAUUUGUUAUGAAAGGAUUAUAUUUGAUAUUUAAAUAAAUUAGAUAAACAUAAUGCCUAUUAUUUAUAGCACCUCUUAAUUGAACAUAUUUUAACUUGAUGAAAUGACUACAAUCACACAGGUGAGAGGAGAAUAUAUUAAAAAGAUUAACAGUUAAAUUAGGAGCACAUAUUAUUAUUCAUCUUGUUUUUAUAGGUUUGGUUUAUCAUCCAGGAACUGUUUCAUUAACUUAAUCUUUUUAUCUCACAGUGUUGACAUGUUAGAUGUACCUGAGUCUGUAUCUGACCUCUGAUCUCUGUCACCAUUAAAACCUGUUGUUCACCUG